AUGACCAAAAAAUCAACUGAUUUUGAGGACAAAAAGAACAACAAUAGAAUAGGCGAAGAAAAGAGAAUGACGAUGCUAGAAAUAGCAAUAGAAACGAAUGAUGAGGAUUAUAUCACUGAAUAUACCAAGAAUGGCGACAUAUCUGAGCUAAAAGAACUAACCAAAAAAGAGAAGAUUCGUCUAGCAAAGAUGGUAGUCAAAUAUAUGAAAGAGGAAUAUAAAACAAAGGCAGUAAUAUUAUUGAAUGAGAUAGUGAGAGAUGUUGGUGCAGUAGACGGUGUUCUUAGAGGCCUAAUUGACGUACAAAUCGACUUCAACAAACUCAUCUACCUAAAGGGCAAAAUAGACUACCUGAAACACCAGGCUGAAAUAGAGCACAAAAAUGACGUAGAACCAGAAGCUGAAUUCAUGGAAUAG